UCUACUGACCUGCACAGAUGUCAGUGAUUGGUGUGAUUAGACAGGAAGUGUGUAUAUAAUUAGCCUUUCAAGGUGUGCUGGUUCAGUGAGUCAUGAUGAUCCAUCUGAGCAUCGGUGUGAUAAUCUUGGCUGCUUUUGCAGGGGUCGUCGUUGUUGGUGAUGAAGCGAUCAACAUCGUUUGCGGUACGGAUGGCGUCAACGUCACAUGGAAGCUGAAUCGCCAGUUGGCGCCCUACGCAACUCGAUUUUUCCUGGGGAACUGCAUCCGCUCCAGUGCGACGAAGCUUCCGGGUGGAGCGUUGCAGCUCAAUUUCAACGUCGAUUUCGCUGAAUGCAGAUUUAAAAGACAGAUGAAAGGCAAGCAUGUGGUCUAUUUAAAUAAACUGACCUACCGACCACAGAGCAAGUCCAAACCUCCAUCUUAUACGUACCCGUUCCAAUGCGUCUCAAAAAGGGAGACUGUUUGGGUUCCACCGUUUCUGAACCCUGGAUCCAUUAUUUCUUCUGGGCGUGGUGGCCUCGUCUUCCAUAUGGCGCUCCUCAACGAUCAAUUGUCGGGGAUCGCGCAAACAAACGUGAUCCCCUUGGGUUCCUUUAUGCCGAUCUGGGCGGCGGUGGAGCAACAAGCCCACCAACCGUUGCGUCUUUUCAUGGAGGAAUGCGUCGCGGCCACCACCGCCGUGCUGAAGCCGGAUCAGCAAGUUUACCCCAUCAUUGGCAACAAAGGGUGUCUUACGGAUAGUGUUCGAGGAAAUUCCAUGUUCCUUCCUCGAUACCACCCAUCUGCUAUCGUUCUCUACCUGCAGUCCUUCAUGUUUGGUGUUGGCGAGGUGUACCUGCACUGUAAACUGGUUGCCUGGGAUCCUCAAGUCCUAGAUGAAGGCAAGAAGGCGUGUCAAUAUUCCAAGCAGACUGGAGAAUGGGAGCUGCUAGAUGAUCCAUCCCAGAAUGAACUGUGUAGCUGCUGUGAUGACUCCUGCAGGUCCAUGUCCAAAAGCAAACGACAAGCUGACCAGGAACCCCAGGGGCUCAGUCAACAUUCAGUGUUGGGACCCUUCGUCAUUGUGGAUGCUUACUAUGGAAGGAUGGCUGCCGCCGCUGCUGGUGGAUUUCUGUCAUAAGCAGAAACUUGUCUGGGCCCUCAAAGUGACUCUUACAAUAAAUGUCAUCUUCAUUUAUUCAUUUUCAA